GAAGCGAUCUUGAUUGGUUAAAAGCUGUUGCUAUGACUUCUGGUCCAGACGCUUCGGCGUCUACAAAUUCUCACAUAUAACUUUUCACACAUUUAUUCUUUGAGCAUGUGUGCAGUAGCGAAAUUAAUCUGUUUUUAGAUGUAAACUGAAAAUAUUCUUUUCACAAGACGGUCCAUUGUGGCAUCAAAUUGUGUCAUCCAUCGAACAGAAUAGCUCGAUUAAAGAUCUAAUGUCAUCAAGAUGAAGAGCAUUUUUACCCUCAUAGACAAUGCUUGGAUGGGCUCCAAGUUAUUGUACAAGUGGCAGAAAUCCCAUGGAAAUUAUAUAGCUGUUGCAGGACAAGACAGCUCAGUGAAAAUAUUUGAUCGCCAUGGACACAAGUGGACUGAAAUCAGCCUUCCUGGAUGCUGUGUGGGGAUGGACUGGGAUAAAGAUGGGGACAUUUUGGCAGUGAUAGCAGCAAAAUCCAGCUCCAUAUACCUUUGGGAUGCCAGUGUCAACAAAACAUCCAAAAUAGACAGUGGAAUGAGAGACCACAUUUCUCUCAUCGUGUGGUCAAAAACGGGCUCCCUGCUGGCAGCUGGCACUGCAAAAGGAAACCUGUUAAUCUACAAUCAGCAGACCUCACACAAAAUCCCAAUAUUAGGCAAACAUACCAAGAAAAUCACCUGUGGCUGCUGGAAUGCUCAAAAUCUACUGGCCCUUGGCUGCGAUGACAACAAUCUGAGCAUCAGCAAUCAAGAGGGGGACACGAUCCGAGAGAUAAAACUGCGUGGUGCACCGGCAGACAUUUACUUUUCCAUGAUGAAGACCAAUGAAAGAACUUCCCAAGGAGAGAACACUGUGAGUGUCUGCGUGGACAAAAAGAUCUUGGUCCUUUUCAGCGUCACCAACACAGACGACUGGUAUGAGUUGGCGUUUGAAGCAAGUUACGGGCGCAUCGUCUCCUAUCGCUGGUUUGGUGAUGGGUACAUACUCAUUGGCUUCUCUCUUGGAUACUUUGUGGUCAUUUCUACUCACGUCAGAGAGAUUGGGCAAGAGCUAUGCCAGGCUCGGAACCAUAAAGACAGUCUUAACAGUGUAGCCAUCUCAUCUGCAUUAAACAAGGCUGCUUCUUGUGGAGACAAUAGCAUCAAGAUCCAUGACCUCUCUGACUUCAAAUACAUUAGCAAUGUGAUACAGCUGGAGGAUGAGACUAAAGGUCUGGACCAGCUCAGUUGGACAGAUGAUGGCCAGCUGCUGGCAGUGUCGACCCAGAAAGGAACUCUUCAUGUCUUCCUCACAAAGCUUCCCAUUCUGGGGGGCAGCUAUGGAACCAGACUGGCUUACCUUACGUCUCUGCUGGAGGUCACAGUGUCAAACUACGGGAUACCUCCUGUGGCCAUACAAGUGGAAGUAGAACCAACCUUCAUUGCUGUAGGACCUUAUCAUGUUGCUGUCGGAAUGAACAACAAAGCCUGGUUCUAUGCACCGCUGGAACAGGAAUCUGCUUUUACCAAAUUGAAGGAGAUUGAGUACUUUGGGACCGUUGCCAACAUGUGUCUGAAUGCAAAAUAUGCUGCGGCGUUGUUUGACAGUAAAGUACAACUGCAUAUGAUCGAUGGCAGUGAACAGGAGGAAAGGAAGCAGAUGAAGUUGUUCCCGGACGAUGACAGAAAAGGUCGUAUCCUUUGCCACGCGCUCACUGCUGACUUCCUCUACUAUGGCACUGAUUUAGGUAACGUUGUGUGUGUUCUGGUGGAGGAUUGGGAGACUGUGAGCACUUACAGUCACACCGUGGCAGUGAGUAAAGUUUUCCCAGAUGUAAACGGCACACGGUUGGUCUUUAUUGAUGACAAGAAGAACGGCUUCCUGCUCACCCUUUCAAGUGCAGCAGAUUUGUGCCUUGAGCUUCCAAACUUCUCCCCCACCAUCAUUGGAGUGCUGUGGGACAACUGGCACGCAGACAGAGUGGUGUUUGUAGCGUUUGACGAUGACAAAGUCUACACCUACGCUGCCCAUAAAACCACCAUAUAUGGCCCGCGAGUGGUGUUAGUGGGGAGCACUCCACUUCUUUCCUCCCAGAAGCCUUUGCUGCUCUACAACGGGGUCCUUUCGUGCCAGACGGCGAGUGGCAAGAUCAAUGAAGUGGCUCUGAGCACACACUCCUUCCUUGAACACUCAACAAACACGCCGUCUGGGUCACAGCCAGAACUUGGCAAGCAGCUCACACAGGCCCUCCAGCUUAAGAGGUUUUAUGAAGCCUGGGAUCUGUGCUUGACUGACAGCAGCGAGGCCGACAAAGCAGAGAUCGGCAAAGCCUGUCUGGUCCACAUGGAGGUCGAGCUGGCCGUCCACUUCUACCGCAUGAGUGGCAAUGUGGGCAUGGUGAUGUCACUACAGGCCAUCCAGGGAAUCGAGGAUAAUAACUUGCUUGCGGGCCAUUUGGCCAUGUUCCUGGAGGACUUCUGUCUUGCUCAGGACCUGUAUCUGGCUUCAAGCUGCCCCAUAGCUGCCCUGGAGAUGAGGAGAGACCUGCUACACUGGGACAGUGCUCUGAAGUUAGCUAAGGGGUUAGCAGAAGACCAGAUUCCAUUUCUCUCCAAAGAAUAUGCCGUUCAUCUGGAGUUUAUUGGAGACUACAUGAAUGCUCUGGCACACUAUGAGAAAGGCAUGACUCAUAAUAAUAGAUUCCAGGAGCAUGAUGAGGUGUGCCAGGCAGGUGUAGCAAGGAUGUCCAUUCGAAUGGGUGACAUAAGGAGAGGAGUGACCCAGGCUAGUCAACACCCAAGUAGAGUUCUUAAGAAAGAAUGUGCAGCCAUACUGGAAAACAUGAAGCAAUUCUCUGAAGCUGCUCAGCUCUAUGAAAAAGGACAGUGCUACGACAAGGCAGCAUCGGUUUACAUUCGCUGCAAAAACUGGGCAAAGGUGGGGGAGUUGCUGCCGAAUGUCACCUCUUCCAAAAUCCACUUGAAGUAUGCUAAAAACAAGGAGGCGGAUGGCAAUUAUAAAGAGGCAGCACAAGCCUAUGGUAGUGCUAAGGACUGGGACAAUGUGACUCGCGUGCUGCUGGAUCACCUGAAAAACCCAGAAGGUGCUGUUCGCAUUGUCAGGGAAACGCAGAGCAUUGAAGGAGCCAAGAUGGUGGCCAGAUUCUUCUUGUCGUUGAAUGAUUAUGGCUCGGCCAUCCACUUCCUGGUGCUGUCUCAGUGCAAUGACGAAGCCUUCCAGCUUGCACAGCAGCACAGACAGAUGGAGGUCUACGCCGACAUUAUCGGCUCUGACGCAACACUGGAGGAUUAUCAGAGCAUUGCUCUGUACUUUGAGGCAGAAAAGAACCACCUGCAAGCUGGCAAAUUCUUUCAAAAGUGUGGCCAAUACAGCAGAGCGUUGAAGCACUUUCUGAAGUGUCCUAAUACGGAAGACAGCCUGGCUCUGGACAUGGCUAUUGAGACGGUGGGCCACGCCAAAGACACUUCACUGACUAAUUUACUAAUAGAAUACCUCAUGGGGGAAAGUGAUGGCAUCCCAAAGGAUGCCAAGUACCUGUUCCGACUCUACAUGGCAUUGCAGCAGUACAGGGAGGCUGCUCGCACUGCGAUCAUCAUCGCUAGGGAAGAACAGAACGCAGGUAACUACCGUAGCUCCCACAACGUGCUGUUCAGCAUGUACACGCAACUGCAAGCUCAUAAGAUAAAGAUUCCUGCGGAAAUGGCCACUAACCUGAUGAUCCUGCAUUCCUACCUGCUGGGAAAAAUCCACAUCAAGAGAAGAGACCACCUUAAAGGGGCACGUAUGCUUAUUCGUGUCAGCAAAAAUAUUAGCAAGUUUCCAGCACAUGUUGUGCCCAUUCUGACAUCGGCGGUCAUUGAAUGUCACCGAGCCGGGUUGAAGAACUCCGCUUUUGGCUUUGCCGCCAUGCUCAUGCGCCCCGAGUACCGAAACGAGAUACACCAGAACUACAGGAAGAAGAUCGAGGCUAUGGUUCGGCGUCCAGAUACGUCAGAGUUGGAAGAGGAAACAACCCCGUGUCCUUACUGUGGCUUCCAGCUUCCGCAGAACGAACUGCUCUGCAUCUCAUGCAAGAACAACCUGCCCUAUUGCAUCGCCACAGGUCAUCAUAUGCUGAAAGAAGACUGGUCGGUGUGUCCUCAUUGUGAAUUUCCUGCACUCUACUCGCAGUUCAUCCUGCUACUGGAGACUGAGACCGUGUGUCCUAUGUGCUCAGAGCCUCUGAGUGCCCAGCAAGUGAAGAAGAUCCAGGAUUGUUCCAAACACUUGCAGACUAAUCAAGUGGAUCAGUGAAGGGGUGGGCAGUCAUGGUCAGAUAAUAAGCAAGGUCUGCAGAAGCUGGAUAACAAUCCUGAUCAUUUGACUCAGGUCUGUUGCAGCAGGGAGACCUAUAAAACCUGCAGGACACCAGCCCUUGAGGACCAGAAUUGCCCACCCCUGACUUAGAUGGUCAGUACAGUGUACGAAGGACUGUUAUGACUUAAAGGGCCUUUAAUUUGUUUUAAGUGUACUCUUCAAUUGAUUGAGAUUCAUUUUAAACUGUGUAAAAUAAACCAACCCCAGCUGCCAAAAAAUAUGCUUAGAGGCUCACUAAUAGACAUGGGAGACAUUAUGUACAUAUUGGUAGGUAAUGGUGGUUGACUUGUAUAGCACACCUUGUUUACCAAAUUUGAUUUGUUUUCAAUGGGAACAAUCUGGCAACUCGUCAUUCACGCUUAAAAUUCACACGCGUUAUUCUUAUGCUGUUGGCCCAAAACACAAAAUGAAAAUCAUGUUCAAUUAAUGAUCAACCAUUUUAUCAUAGAAAAGUACAAAUUUUAUUUUUUAUUCUUUAUACAAAGGACUGUUUACCCAGGUUUUUUAAACAAAAAUAUAACAGCUUCUUAUUGACGUGGACUGAAAAAAAAAGAAGAGAUAACAAUAUAAAACACCAACAAAUGUAAAAUAAAUUUGGAAAGACAGAAAAGCAGAUCACAUUGAACGAAAAUAGUCAUAGCAAAAAGCGUACUUAAAAACAAGAAAUGGAACUUCCUCAUCAUUGUUUCAGGCAGUAGAGGACAGCAAGUGCUUUAUACCAAAUAACUCAAACUUCACUGAAAGGCAUCAGUGCUGAAAUACAAUGUGUACUGUACAGAUCUUAUUGAAAAGUGUUUUUCUUUGUUUCACCCACCAAAGCUCCAGUUUGACUUUAGGCUGCGGCCUCAUAAUUAACAAAUUUCCACUGAUCCCUCUUUGACACUAUGAACAACCCCCUAAACUUCCCACUUUGCAUGGAACAAACAAGUCGAACCAGAUGGAACAUCGAUGCUAGAUUGCGAGCAGCGGCGUCCACAUACAACAUGUUUGUCAAAACAAAAAGAAAAUACCUGUCACACAAGACAACCUGUUACGAACAUGCACUCAACAGAAGGCAGCGAGAUGAAAAGACAACUCCAAACAUUUGGAAUGUUUACAGCAUCAAAUUGUGUUUGGAAAUAGAAACACAGAAUUCCAGUUUUAAAAAGAAAAAAAACAUCUCGACAAGAUGAACAUCUCAAUGUGAAGCGAUUCUGAGCAUUGGCCAGUGCUCAUUUGGGACUUUUGUGAUGUUUCAGUGACCGAUCUUAGUGUAUUUUACAACACUCAACUUAAGUUGUUUUCCAGCACAACCACACAAAACUAAUUCCAACAUGUGCAAAUGACUCGCCACGUUUGAAAAGGUUUAGCUCGUCAGCAGAGCACCAUGUUGGCAAACAGCACCUCGUAAGAACGGUAAUGAUAUUCUUUGAUACAAGCGAGUCACAACUUUACUGUUGGUGUGACAUACACACCUAUUAGCGGUGCAUAGUAAUCUUCGCCACGUGGAUAAAUGGACUGAAGAUGCGAUUGCAUAAGUAGCAAACACUCAAGUGCAUAGUCACUGAAAACAACAAACCAAGAUCAGAAGUUGCGACUGGAAGUCUUUGGUGGAAAACUUGAAAUUGUCAUGCAGACUAAUAUGUUUUAAGAGUACAUCACAUUUUCAUCUAUUAAAAAUAAGACUGUUUCCUCCAAUUAUUCAGUCAAGUUGUCGGAAAGCGAUUGAGAAAGCCCACUUGAUGUUACCAGAACAAUAGUGAACCGACAUUUAGUUCUCGCCUUAAGUCGGCAGGUGCAGUUUAGGUGGCUCCAAUUUUGAAUCUCAAGGCAACUUGCUCCUUUUCGAAUUGAUUAAUAGCUUAUAUUCUUCAAUGUCUAUUUUAAGGGCUUAAGCUGAUCAGUAUACUCAUUCAAGUAAAAUCCUUUCUUUUAGUAACGCUCCUGCAAUUAAGUCUGUGACCUAUCUUGUUUGGAAACGCAAGACGAGGGAAAGAAAAGAUUUUAACUCUUAAAUCCCUCGUUCUUAAUCAAAAAGUCACAAGUUGCUGCAUCCUGUAUUACAUUCAGUUCUCCAUUAUAGUGAAAAGGUCAAUUUGCAGCACAAAUAAUGUCAUCGGCGCCUGGCAAUGGAAAACAAGUGGGAGGACGGACCGAUGAGGAGCAGCCUCAAGAAACCCCAUUUGGCCUCCUCUGCACGCUGACCACUCCUAGUUUUCAGUCAGACAAUUUACAUUACAAGAGCGACAGCGAAAAGCGCUUCACUACAGGGAGUGGGAGCUCGGAGAGAUUUUUUUUUUUUUAAGUAGUCAAGCUUCUGGAUGGAAUCUUACAGUGAGAUGGUGUUAAGUGUUUGUGAGUUCAGUUCAUUGAGCAGUCCUCUCCCUCUGUGUCCGUGUCUGUGUCUGAACAGGCGGUGUCCAUGGCGACAUGGGCGGGGCUGACUAUGACCGCUCGUCUCUGCUCUUCCUCUGCGCUCGCUCGCCUCUCCUGAGUGCGCUCGAUGUGGUGGAUGGCCUGAGAGGAGCAAACGAUGCAGCAUAUUUUCAAUUAGCCACAAUGUAAGCUACACCACCACAAUCUGAUGGGAUACGAGAGAUGUAUAAAAAACAACUGUUUUUUAAAACGGGUUUGUUAUUGUGAUUGUAGUUCAAUCAUACAUUUUGUAAUACUUUAGUUGCAGUACGAUACUGCACGCCAGAAAUAUCAAAUCCGUUUGUCGUGGACUGCAACGUAGUUAUUCUUCUGCCUCAGAAGGCUGUUUUGACUGUAAAACUAUGUAAAGUUAGCGCAAUUUUUGGCACAAUAAAUUUGAGAUAACUCAUUCAUUAAAAAAAUAUGUAUUGAAGAAAAUAACUUAUUUUCGUGGUCGCUUACAAUAACGAUAAACAUCAUGGGCAGAACAUUUGACUGUUUCACAAAACUUUCUCUUAGUACUUAACGUUGCACCAAAGAGGAAAAAUUGUCAAAUAUUGGCCAAUUUGUGUGUGGGCGAGAGAGGCUGAAUGUCAUUUUCUGUCUUUACUGUUAGUGUAAAAAAAUAAAUCUGCAAAUUCCUGCCAAUUUUAAAAUAGCCAAUAUUGCCUGAUUAAUUGGUCACCAUAUUAUUGAAUAUACACAAUAGUUACAUGGUGAAUGACAGGAAACAGAACCAUUAUCUAAAAGCUUGCGUUUUGGAUGACCUUUUAUUGGGCACAUGUGUAUAAUCAUAUGCAACGGACAUACCUGCACAAUGGUGUCCAGGUUUUGUCUCGACGUAGACACGGUGCUGUUGUGGAGAGAUGAGCUCAUGGUCACCACGGUGACAUGGUGAUUGGGUUGCUGGGUUAGUGUCGGCGCCGGCACAAUGACUGUCGGGUGGUGGGUUGAGGCGAUGGGAGUGGGAGGGGCCACCACCUGAAGAAACAUACAAAUCACCUUUGUUAUAUUGUAGACAAAUAAUGAGUGACUUCAAGAAUGUAAACAAUAAUGUCUUCAGUCAUGUCUGAUUACUCAUAAUACAAACAUUAUUUGUAAUCAUUUGUGAUGCGUAAUAAAAAUCAUUUGUAUUUUUCA